CCGAUUUAUAUAAAACAAACAGAGAGGGAAAAUACCAAAAAAAGCAGCCAUGGUUGUACCUGCAUCUCUUCUCUUCUCUUCUCUUGCUAAAGGAGACUGAAAUCUACAGUCCCUUAGUCUCCGAUCACGUGAACGCCAUGUCUACACACGAUCAUCGCUAGCUUUUCUUCAACCGCUUCUCACCGACUUAGAACGGAGACUCCUAUUUUUUUUUUCCUUUCUAUUUUUGGUUCAUUUUCAUGUGAUGGGAGAUACGGAGAGUUGCAGUAGCAGAGCAGUGGAAUUUGUUCCAAUUCAGAAUCGGAAGCAGAGACUGAAAUUUGAAGUUUACAGUGAAGUUCUUCGUCGACUCGAGGACUCGAAUGAGGAAGAGGUGCGGGUCCCUGGAUUCGAAGAUGAGCUUUGGGCUCAUUUUCAUCGACUCCCUAACAGGUAUGCAAUGGAUGUGAAUGCGGAGAGGGCACAGGAUGUUCUUAUGCAUAAAAGAUUACUACAGAUGGCACAUAGUGCUGUUACUAGACCUGCUAUUGAAGUCCGUCUAGUGCAGGUUCAUUCUGCUUUUGAUGGAACUUUUGGUGACUCAUUGCAUUCAAAAUCUCCUAGAGAACUGGGUGCUAUAUGUUCUGAUUAUACCAGCAAACAGAGCAUUCAUCCACCACCAGCCUUUGGUUUGUCAGCUGAUCUGGAACAUGUGCAUGAGACUAAAGACAAGGAUAUCAUGAUAAAUGCCAACCAACUCUGCUCACGGCUAAUGCAUGAAAUUACAAUUUCAACAAAUGACAAGCCGAAGCUCCUCAGUCAGUUGACAUCCUUGCUAUCUGAGAUUGGGCUGAAUAUUCAAGAAGCACAUGCUUUUUCUACAACAGAUGGGUUCUCUUUGGAUGUCUUUGUUGUAGAUGGUUGGGCAUUUGAGGAGACCGAGCAGCUUAGAAGUGUACUGAUAAAGGAACUACGGAAGAUUGAGAAGCAUCCAUGGUCGAAAGGCAAUGCCAUUUAUCCCCUUUGGGAACAGAAGCAAAACAAGAUCAAGCUUAUCUCUAAUCAAGUAAACAUACCUGCUGAUGGAAUUGAUGUUUGGGAAAUUGAUGCUAGCCUAUUAAUCUAUGAAAACAAAAUUGCAACUGGAUCCUAUGGUGAUUUGUACAAAGGUAUUUACUGUAGUCAAGAUGUGGCCAUUAAAGUUUUAAGCACCGACCAUCUAAGUGAAAAAUUGCAAAGGGAAUUUGCUCAAGAGGUUUUUAUCAUGAGGAAAGUUCGGCACAAGAAUGUUGUUCGAUUCAUUGGUUACUGUAGCAGGCCACCGAGCCUGUGCAUUGUGACAGAAUAUAUGACUGGCGGAAGCAUGCAUGACUUUCUGCAUAAACAAAAGGGUGUUUUGGAACUUCCUUCUUUGCUCGGAGUAGCUAUUGAUGUUUCGAAAGGAAUGAAUUACUUGCAUCAAAACAAUAUAAUCCACAGGGAUUUGAAAGCAGCCAAUCUCUUGAUGGAUGAAAAUGGAGUUGUUAAAGUUGCUGAUUUUGGUGUUGCUAGAGUUAAACCUCAGUCUGGCAUAAUGACUGCAGAAACUGGAACAUAUCGCUGGAUGGCUCCAGAGGUCAUUGAACACAGACCAUAUGAUCACAAAGCUGAUGUUUUCAGUUUCGGGAUUGUGAUGUGGGAGCUGCUUACUGGGAAGCUCCCGUAUGAGAACAUGACCCCCUUACAAGCAGCAGUUGGUGUCGUCCAGCAGGGUCUAAGGCCUACAAUACCAAGACAUACUCACCCAGAGUUGCUGGCAUUGCUGGAGAGUUGCUGGCUGCAAGACCCAUCUUUAAGACCAGAAUUCUCUGAGAUCGUAGAACGUUUGCAGUACUUGGUUAGCAGAGUUGCAGAGUCAAGAGAGGAGUAGCAAUCAGGCUUAAAGUAGGGCUGUAGGAGGUCAUUGCAGUCGGAAGAAGCUAGAUAUAUGCCGUCUAUAGUAUGGGUUGAAUACUGUAUCCAUGACUCAUGGGUUACUCCUUUUCGUUCCACUGAUUUUGGUUCCUGCAGGAUUCUAUUUAGUUAGUCGAAACGUAGGAGCUAAAAGCCAGAAUUUUAUGGCCGUGAAACUUAACCUUGAUGUUGAGUUAGUUGAUGAGUAUAUAGCUGGGGAUUACGUCCGGUUCAGCGCAUAACUGCACUUGCAUAACAGCAAUUUUUUAAUGGUCAUACAAUGACCACAAAAUUUCCUAUUUAAGCCUUACUACUACACCAUCUUUAGGGUGUUUCGUUUCUCUAUAUAUAGUUUGUUGCUUUGCUAAUGACAAUUCUGAAGCUGAGUUUUUGGUCCAA